AUGCUCUUCAACAAGUCUUUCCUUGCCAUCGCCGCGGCCAUCGGUCAGGCCGUCGCUCACUUCUCAUCCCAGCCCCAGACCAAGGCUCCUUCGCCCUUCGGCGGUCUCAAUCUCUACUGGGGACAGUAUGGCGAUCCUUCUGACCGGUUAUCCAGCUACUGUGACGCCCCUGGGGUUACCUUCGUAUCUGUGUCCUUCGUCACCUACUCUCCCAAGAACAGCGGUGGAUAUCCCGGUACCAACUUCGCUGGCCACUGCGGCGGCGAGGUCUUUUACAAGAACCCAAAGACCGGCGAGGAUACCAAGUUGAUCACGAACUGCGACUACAUCAAGCAGGACAUCAAGCACUGCCAGGCCAAGGGCAUCAAGGUUCUCCUGGCCAUCGGUGGCUGGUGCCCAGCUGAAGGUCCAUGCAGCUAUGACAUCGACAACGACGAACAGGGCCAACAGUUCGCCGAGCUUCUGCACAAGACUUUCGGUCCUCAUGACCCGAACUGGACCGGCCCCCGUCCCUUCGAUAUCAGCACCACCGAGCACGUCUCCGUUGAUGGCUUCGACUUUGACCUCGAGUUCAAGUACCCCGACCAGAAGCCCUGGAUCAAGAUGGUUGAGACACUCCGCAGCGUUGGCAUCUACCACAUCUCUGCUGCCCCUCAGUGCCCGACUUCCGACACCUGGUUCCAGCUCAAGGAGCUCAUCUACAACGCCCAGUUCGACUCCCUCUUUAUCCAGUUCUACAACAAUCCCGGAUGCCAGGUCUCCGAUACCCCCAACUACGAUGAUUGGGAGACCGUCAUCUCGCAGACGUCCAAGAGCAAGGAUGCCAAGCUCUUCCUCGGUGUCCUCGCCCACCCUGAUGCGGGCUGGAACGGCUAUGCCCCUCCCUCCAGGAUCAAGGAGCUGAUCUGCAACUACAAGAGCAAGCCGCAUUUUGGAGGUGUCUCCAUCUGGGACGCCACCCGCGGCGUCAUGAACCAGGUCAACGACCAGGCCUUCCACGAGGCCAUCGCCGAUGCUCUCCAGUACGGCUGCGACCCGAUCCCCCCCAAGACGUCCACCACCAUUGUCUCGACUUCGACAUCGACCUCGUCUCUCGCCUCCUCGACCGCCACCUCGUCUGUCGUCGUUUCCACCACAUCUUUGAGCGCCACCUCGACUGCCGUAGUUUCCACCACCUCGUCUGUCGAGCUGGUAACCAGCACUGUCUACACCACCAAGGUCACCACUGUCACCUCCUGCAAGCCGGAAGUGCCGUGCACGACAGGCCAUGUCGUCACCGAGACCAUCCCUUGGUACACCACGGUCUGCCCCGCCACAGCAACGACUGCCGCUGCUGUACCCACGACCACUGCUCCCCCUCCCCCUCCCCAGUGGACCACGAGCACUGUCUACACGACCAAGACGUACACAGUCACCUCGUGUGCUCCUGACGUCCCCUACUGCCCCGUUGGCCAGAUCACCACCCAUGUUGUGCCGGCCUACACCACGGUCUGCCCGUACACCAGCACGAUCCCCGGCGCCGGCAGCAAGCCUUCGGGCGAUGCUCACACGGCCCCUAAGCCCUCUGGCGAUGUGCCUCACCCGCCAAAGCCUACCGACGAUGUUCCCAAGCCCCCAGUUAGCCAGGCAGGUGAGAAGCCCUCUGGCGAUGUGCCUCACCCACCCAAGCCUACCGGCGAGGUUGCCAAGCCCCCAGCCAGCCAUGGCGGCAACAAGCCCUCGGGUGACGCUCCCUAUACAACGGCGGCUCCCGUCCCCAGCAAGCCAGUCGAGGCCGGAGCCGGCAAGACGGGUGGCUUCGGUGUCGCAGGACUCGCUGCCGUUGCCGCCGCUCUUCUUUUGCAAUGGGGUUGA